CAUGCCCCUACAACAACCACUGAAUGAACCGGUAGAAUUUCAAGAAUUUCAAGAGUUUCAUACAUACUCACACAAAGGCAUAUUUCUAUUAACGCUACCUGGAAUAGUAAGGAUUAUAUAGCAUAUAACAUCAACAUGCCACUACUUAAACGGACGAAGUGGGAUCUGCUGCCCAUGCCCACCGAUAUCCCUGACGAGCAGAUGGUCUACUGCAUUAAAUUUACUGGAGAGGUCUUCGUCGAUUACGAGGCUUAUCUAGAGCGCGUGUACGAAUACAUGUGUGGUCAGUGGACAUGUGCUCUCACUGGGAAAACGGGUUUUUCGUACGAGGAAGCAUUGGAAAAUGAGCGAGUGGCGGCCGAGAAACUCAACCAAUUUCCGGAGACUCACCUCAAACCUGUGCUGGAAGCAGUACACCAUGCUGUGGGGAAUAUCGAGUCUGUAGUGGAUAUGGUGUACAACAGGUACAAGCGAGAGCUGUGCGUGGACGAGAAGGUCCAGUACAGAGCACCCGGCGCCAAGUCACUACAAGCUACUGUGGUGACCGGAGUGCACAUAGUCCCAACUACAAAGAGCCAAGCGCCCUCGCCUGCCCCAGAGAUGCCGGAUGCUGUGGAAGACAUCAAAGCAGAGGCAACGGUGAUAGCUAAUCGUAAUAAUGCAAACGACGUGAUAACUAUCAGCGACGAUGAAACACCUCUUGGGAACGCAGUGGUGAAUGGCAAGAAACACAAAGUGAAAAAAG